AUGGUUCUCAUCAACCAACUUGGCGCCGUGCUGGCAGUGUGCGCUACCUUGACGGUAGCUGCACCCACGAAAGGAAAGGCCCGGUUCAACGUUCCCCAGGUCGCUAUUCCCAAGAAGAUGGUGCACCAUCCUGCAGUGUCCUACGCUCGUGCAUUGCACAAGUUUGGCAUGAAAGUCCCCAAGACAGUGCAGGAUGCGGCCAAGGGAAGUGUUCCUACCACUCCAACCCCAAGCGAUGAGCAGUAUGUGACCCAAGUCACAGUUGGAGAGGGAAAACUGAACCUUGAUCUCGACACCGGUUCAGGCGACCUCCAGGGUCACAAUCUCUACAAGCCCACUUCAAACUCGAAGCGCCUCAAUGGGUACUCCUGGCAAAUCAGCUAUGGCGACAUGAGCUCUGCUGGCGGAGACGUCUUCCUCGAUACUGUCUCGAUUGGCGAUGUAACUGCCUCCUCUCAGGCCGUUGAGUCCGCAAAGAAAGUGAGCGACCAGUUUGCCAAGGAUAAAGCUACUGAUGGCUUGAUGGGACUUUCCUUCAGUGUUUUGAAUACCGUUCAACCAAAGCCACAGACAACAUUCCUUGACACUGUUCUAAGCCAGCUCGAGAAGCCGCUUUUCACUUGCACCCUCAAGCAUGGAGAGCCAGGGUCAUAUGAUUUUGGUUACAUCGACGAUGCCAAACACUCUGGAGAAAUUACCUACACCCAGGUAGACAACAGCGAGGGAUGGUGGGGCUUCACUGCGGACAGUUACUCUAUUGGAGGCCCCAACACAACUUCUUUCCGGGGAGACUCGUCCGGAAUGGCUAAUGGAGGUUCCAUCUCCGGGAUCGCCGAUACUGGUACCACGCUUAUGCUCCUCAGCGACGAUGUUGUUGGGGAAUACUAUGGACAGGUCCAAGGUGCGACAAACGACCAGCAGCAAGGUGGUUAUAUCUUCCCCUGCGACGCCCAGCUUCCCGACUUCACCCUUAGCAUCGGCGGGUAUAACGCUGUUGUUCCCGGCAAGUUCAUGAAUUACCAAGAAAUCGAUGGAUCGAUGUGUUUCGGUGGCCUUCAAUCUAGUGGCAGCAGCGGUGGGCCAAACAUUUUCGGUGAUGUAUUCCUCAAGAGCCAGUUUGUCGUCUGGGACACUCAAGGACCACGCAUUGGCUUUGCUCCCCAAGCAUAA